AUGGAAGUUUCUAAAGUAUUCACAAAAGUCCAAACUCUCAACAAUGGCCUAACUAUUCCUCAAGUUGGUUUUGGUUGCUACCAAGUUAAGGAAAGUGAUCCAUUUUAUUGGGCUGUUAAAUAUGGCUAUAGACAUCUGGACAGUGCUGCUUUCUACUAGAAUGAAGCCUAAGUUGGAAAUGAAGCAAGAAGAGCUAUGUCAGAAUUUGGGUUAAAAAGAGAAGAUAUAUUUAUUACCAGCAAAAUAUUCAAUGAUCAUAUGGGCUAUGAGCUCACCAAGAAACAAGUUGAAGUAUCCUUGAAGAAUUUUGACCUUGGAUAUAUUGACAUGAUGUUAAUUCAUUUCCCAGGAACUGCAGGACUUCCUAAGGAUGACCCAAUGCACCUAUAGAAUAGGAAAGAAUCUUGGAAAGCUCUAGAAGAGUAUGUUGAUUCUGGCCUAAUCAAAUCUAUCGGAGUUUCAAACUAUAGACCCCAUCAUAUUGAAGAAUUAGUUGAAUACGCAAGAAUUAAGCCAGUAGUUAAUCAAUUCGAACUUCAUCCUCUCUAUGUAGAAUAUGAUACAAUUGAAACUUGCAGAAAGCAUAAUAUUUUGGUGUAAUCAUAUUCUCCAUUUGCUCAGUUCAAACCAACCAUUACUGAAAAUGAAGUCCUUAAGGGUAUUUCUGUUAAAUAUAACUUAGAUAUUGCUAGAGUUAUUCUUUUAUGGCAUAUUGCGAAUGGAUUUAACGUUCUUCCCAAGAGUGCAACUGAAGAGAGAAUAAAGAGCAACAUUGAGUUAGAGGGACUAGCUUUGUCUGAGGAAGACCUUGCUCAAAUCAAUGAAUUAGGCUAGAACAACAGGUUUAAAGUAUGUUGGGAUCCAAAAGAUUACGCCUGA